AUGCCACCACCUGAUCCAACCAUAACCAGAACCGACCGAGAUCCAUUUUACACGAGUGGCGAUGGUACCCGAAACUUCUAUAUUGGGCCUGCUGGCUCAGACGAAUAUCAGUUUAUCAUGUCAGGAAGUGGACUGAUCCAGAAUGCCCAUUCGAAAACAGCCGAGUGCUUGUACAGCUACGUGGGAGAAGUAACAACACUGGAAUUUCCAUUCGAAAGCACAACAGGUGGAAUAGGUAGCAUCACACUCAAAUCGCAUCAAGCUGCUGAGAGAGAUACUAAGAAGGGGCUCGAAGGAUGGAAACAAGCCACCUUGACGAACGCGGAGGCUACUUUCAACUCAAAGGACGAAACGUUCAAGAAGAAUUGCUCCGAAAUUUUCAGCGGUGGAAUUGAUACUGGUGAAAAUCCUAUUAGUCUUGACCUCGAUACGAGAUUGGAUUUUGUGUGGCAGUUCUUGGUAGAACCCAAUGUCUGGCCUUCCCAUGAAUGA